UAAUUGUUGUGAUAAACUUAUUAAAUAGGUCAUGUAUGAUCAAGACGAAGAAACCACGAGAACUUUCAAAAUAAUUAUCAUCGGUGACACCAAUGUUGGGAAAACAUGUUUGGCCUUCCGAUUUUGUGGCGGUCGCUUCCCAGAAAAAACAGAAGCAACAAUCGGCGUUGAUUUCAGAGAAAAACAGGUGACAAUUGAUGGCGAGGAUAUGAAGCUACAAUUAUGGGACACAGCAGGACAGGAAAGAUUCAGACAGUCUAUGGUGCCCCAUUACUACAGAAACGUGUCAGCAGUUGUAUUUGUGUUCGACAUCACGAGGCGAUCCACAUUUGAAAGCAUUCCCAAGUGGUUUGAGGAGUGUGAGCGGUACGCCACUGACAGAACCAUUCCACGCAUACUAGUCGGCAACAAGUGCGACGACGAGGAAAACAGAGAAGUGGCCAACUACGAAGCCCAAAGACUAGCAGAUACACACGGCAUGCCUUUAUUCGAAACCUCAGCUAUGGAGGAUGACAAGACAGACCACAUAGACGGGAUCUUCAUGACUCUGGCACACAGACUGAAGGCGAGCAAGCCACUCCUGACCACUCUGAGCAACACACACAACAACUCCUCAUCCACACCCUCCGAGAUCAGGGCCGCAGACGGACUGAGGCUGGGGGGAGCGGCCUCGCCUUCUAUUAUCCUCGGAAAGGAACACAGCCACGCCAAAGGAGACAAAGGGGAGUGUGGCUGCUAGUAUAGGGGGACUGCUGGUAGUUAAUCUCUAAUUUGUUAUCUGAAUUUAAUAAUACAACUGAGACGGCUCUUAAACUGUUUUUUGCUGUACUUCGUGGCUUUUACAAUAAAUCCUUUUAGAGCGUAUUUUUUCUAUGGAUUAUUAAUUUUUCCCUUUCUUAGCACUUGGGGCAACUACACUGGGUUUAAAUAGCACUUGAUAGGUUAAAAUAAAAAAGAGGUUUAAGAGUCGUACUGGAGAUCGAUUAAGACCCGAUAUAGUUAGUCUAGUUUACUGAAUAAAUUAUUGCACAAAAGAAAGUUAUACUAACUAUUAUGCAAGCUAUUUUGUAAUGCGUUUGAUAAUCUUCGUUUUGCUAAUGAAUACAUAUGGAGCUAAAAGUAGAUGAAUGUUGUUUGUUUUAUUCUUGUUUUUUCUUUGCUGAAAACGUGUAUGAUUGUAACGUUCUUAACAGAUUUUGCAUAUUUUCAUCUGUUGCACAAUAAAUAAGCUGCCAUUUUAAGGUCGAACACGAUGCAUGAAUUUGUCAGUAAAUUUCAAUUGCGGGCAUUGAAUGUGGAAUUGUAUCAUGAUAUUUAUUUUGUCUUGUAAAUAUUGGUUAGUAUAAUUUAUUUUGCAUUUUUCAGCUGGUUCCGAAAAUGCAAGUCGGGCUCGUUAUAAACAUGAAAACAUCCUUUGCUCAUACUCGAAACAAAUCACUUAAAAAUUGUGAUUUUUUAGACGGAAAUUUUAUUGAAUCUAGAUUGUUAGACUGAUCGAAUUCUCAACUACAUGACAAUUGCAGAACUUGAUACAACUACUCGAUGAAGACCUUUUCUGACAAAAAUAGACUUGGAUGUUUUCAGAUAGAAUACCGACUUUGUGCAAAGUAUUUUGCAGGUCAUUCCAUUCGCAGAGUUUACGAUGCUAGCUUAGUUGAUGAAGUUCACAUGACGCCAUUCUCAUUUUGUAAUCUUCUGAUUCAAUUAUGCAAUUUCAUUUUGUAACUUCUAUUUCCUCGCCAACUUGUGUCAAAACAAAAACAACGACUACCGGUUAACUAUUUUUUUAAUACAUUGAAUUUAAAAUUUCUAAAUGUGCUGAUAGCAAAGAAUUUGUUCAGAUUGCUUAGAAUUUUUCAGUCGGUCGGUGAGAAUUUUUCAGUCAAUUAGAAUUUUUUCUGAGACGGCGAGGGAAGGAAAUUCGGGGACCUUGUGGCAGUCUAUUUUGUUGGGUAUGCCCUUAGACUUCUCUAAUUUAUACAUCUAAUCUAUUAUUCAUACUUAUUACCAUGGUAAUGUGUCAUUUUUGUCUGCCGCUGUUGUGGUAUUUUCCCUCAUGAAGUGAAGCACCACGUUUGAAUAAUUAUGUCACCCUGAAAAACAUCGAACCUCAGUUGUUGUGUUGUAGGCAAAUGUUUAUGUUAUACCUGAAGGUCACGCCAAAGAAAAAACAGCUUUGUAUCAAAAAGUAUAAAUAAUGAAAAUGAACUAAAUUUGUAUAUAAAUUUCCAUUAAAUUAAUCCAAAUGAAACUAUUGAAUAAGUUAACAGCAACCAAAGUAACCAUUCAGUUUAGUAAAAAGGGAAAUGUAGAAAAUGGUUGUCGAGGUUUGUUGUCCAGAUAAAUUUUAAUUUAUUACUACCUCAUUCUUCAACAGUUACCUGAGUAUAUAUAGUUACGAUAAUUCAUUUUCAUCUUCUUUG